AUGGAGUACAGUGGGAAAGAGGGCAAGGGCGGUCGGGAGGAGGGGCAGCAAGAAACGGUAGAUCCAAAGGCCGGCUCUCAAGCUUCGAGCAACGAUUCCACACGCCGGGGGUUACCUGGUUACCACACACCAGGCCGUCACCGCCGUGCACUAGCGUCAGUGCGGGACGUGUGGCAGCAGUGGGUGCUGCACGAGUGCCUCUCCUCACCCCUCCGCCUCGUAAUCGAUGCAUCUGCACUGAAGCCCGUGCUGCUGCUGCCACCCAAAGGGGCUGCUGCUGCUGCUGCUGCUGCUGCUGCUGCUGCUGCUGUGGAGGAGGGGAUGGGCGACUGGGAAGGAGAGGAGGAGUGGGAGGGAAGGGAGGAGGGAGCGAGAGAGGGCGAGGGGGGAGGUGAGGGAGCGGGAGAGGAGGAAGGAGAGGAGGAGCUGAAUGCCUACUUGGCUCUUUCUUAUGGUUCCUUUCCGCUCUCGCUCUCCUCCAUUUCUUCCACCAGCGACCACUCCCACAACGAGCACGGUUCCUCCACAGAGCAGCAGCAGCAACAGCAGAGAGUAGGCAGUGAGCUGCGCGUGUCUCUCUCAGAUGUGCCGUGGGCCCUUGUCCCGUGCUCCUACCCUGGCGCUGCUGGCUUCUGCUUUCACUGGCGAGGGAAGAAAGGUGGGGAGAGGGUGCUACUAGAAGGAAGAGUGGCACCAGAGGGGAGGGCGGGUGCACAUGGGAGGGUGGCAGCAGGAUGGAGGGCUACUGGACAGGGGAGAGUGGCAGCAGAGGGGAGGACUGCUGCACAGGGGAGGGCGGCAGCAGAGGGAUCAAGCAGGGGGUGGGAUGAAGGGCGAGGAGGCGGUGUCAUUGGGGAGGGGCAGAGGUGCAUUGGGCGGGUUGAGAGAGAGGAGUUGAUGCAGGCAGCAGCAGCGUGGAGGAGGGAGGGGUUUGGGUUGAGGCGGAGGCGAGAGGCCAAGAGGAAGGAGGUGGAGUUAGGCGGGGAAGAUGAGAAGGGGGAGGGUGGAGGGGGAACGGAUGGGGAUGAGAGAGGAGGGGAGGGUGGAGGUGGGAACGAGACUGGAGGGGUGAGUGGAGGUAGGAACGGGACUGGAGGGGCUGGUGGGGGUAGAAACGAGACAGAGGUAGGGGCGCUUGCGUUCGAGAGAGUGGAGCAUGAUGAGGUGAUGCUGCGGGUGCUGCGACAGGUGGUGCGGAGGGGGACGGGCAUGAGGAGGAGGGGAGGCAGAGAGAAGGGGAGAGAGAAAGACAUGCAAGAUGAUGAAGGAUUGAAUGGAGAGGAGGCUGCAGCAGGAAGGAGAGGCAGCAGUGGGCGGCAUGGCAGUGCGAGAGGCACCAACUCCGAAGCAGAAGUUAGAGAAGGGACAGUGGGGACAGAAGGGACAGGGAGGACAGUAGGGGUCGGGGGGUCAGGUACAUUGGAGGGGGACGAAGCGCGGACAGUGGUGCUGGCGGUGGUGGCGUCUAACUACAGGGAGGUGAUGAUGAGCUGGGUGUGUGGGCUGCGUCGCCUGCACGUGCACAACUACGUUAUAGCCGCCAUGGACAGGGAAACUUACGACUUUGCCCGCGAGCAGGGCCUGCCGGUGUUCCCCCACGCAUACGACGACGCGUUCGGCCGCGACGACUGCCACUUCGGCACGGACUGCUUCCUCAAUGUGACUAAAGUGAAGUCUCGGGCCGCGCUGCGCGUGUUACGGGCCGGUUACCACGUGCUGUUUAACGACGCGGAUAUCUAUUGGUUUGCGGACGCGCGUCCGAUAGUCAUGGGGCAUGGGCCGGGGCAUAUGGUGGUUCAGAGCGAUAACCACAAUGACACGGGGCCUGAUAAUGACUAUCGGCGGCUCAACUCGGGGUUUUAUUUCAUUCGCUCAGAGCCGAGGGCAUUGGCGGCUCUAGAAGCGGUGGUGGCGCAUGCAGCAGCAUCCCUUAUAACAGAGCAGCCCAGUUUCUAUGAUGUGCUGUGUGGAGCUUCGUCUGAGUACACUGUGGGCGAUUCCCAGUGCUUAAAUCCGAAGUUUAAUCUUACUGUGGAUUUCCUCGAUAGAAGUAGGUUCCCUAAUGGUGCAACGCGGAUGUUGUUCCACAUGGGGAAUAGUGUUCGAAAAGGGUGUGAAGAGAUGGGUUGUGUGAUAAUUCAUAACAAUUGGGUGGCCGGAAGGCGGAAGAAGAUAAGGAGGCAGGUGAAGCAAGGGUUGUGGGAUUAUGAUGUCGGGGCUCGAAUGUGUAUUCGCUCAUGGUAUGGCUCUAUGCUACAGCAAUUAUACUAG